UCGCAAAUUGGCCUACAACCGGAGUUAUAUUCACCAAUUCUCUAUCUAAGUGAGAAAAGGGUUUCAGAAGCGGGGUCGCGAAUCGGCAACUGGAGUCCUCUAUAUCAAUAGAAGGAGCGGGGCUGAAAGAAUCUCAGAGACAGAUAGCUGAGUAAUACACGAACAAAAAUAUGCAAGACGAGAUCAUCGGGAUAAAACCAGAAAUGGAAGCAACAUCGGGAACUGGAGGCGGAGGUAGCAUCUGGAGUGAUGGAUCCACAAACCUGACAAACGUCAUCAGAGGACUCCCCAAGUUCGAUGGAACGAAACCAGAGGUCUUCAACGACUGGAUGAAGAAAUUGGGUGUGGUCGUCGGCGUUACUCGGAGGGAUAUCAUGCCACUUCUCGAGGGAAUGCGCAGGCCUGAUCCCUCGGACACCACCUUCGCCGCAUACGACAGAACAAACGAAGACCUCUACGCAUACGCAAUCCCAUUCUGCCUCGUAGAACUGCCGGCUGCACUAACCGGCAAACUGGACGACCUGGAAAGGACGGUCAUGGAGCCAGGAGAGAACCCGAACGAUUUUUUCAACAAGAAACACCGCCUCCACUCUCAACUAGAGAAAUUGGGGGAAACCAUCUCCGAUCGCCGCUUCAAGGACAUUUGUGUGCAAGGUUUCUCCGAGGACUACAAGGACAUGAAGAUCAUGGUUUUCCGCGACCCAUCAUUCGACGAACAACAGAUCCAAGCCACCAUGCGCAACAUCUUCCUUGACGAGCAAAUGCGCAAGAGAACCAAGGGCCGAAUCGCUGGACGCGGAUUCGCCAUGGCUACCAAGACAUCUGGCCCCAUCUGCUUCGAGUGCAACGAACCGGGACAUGUCAGGAGGAACUGUACCAAUCGCCACCGGAAGGCCAUGUGGCAAAGAAACCGAAGCCUGCGGGAGCAACCAAGUGGUGCUCCGUCCAUAACAUCACUACUACACACUCCAACGAAGAGUGUUACAGCCAAGGAGCCAAGCGACCAGAACGCACGGGCAAGGCUUUCUCCGCAUGCCUUCACUGCACCGUCCAACCCUCUUCCGUAG